UGAAAUCUGCUGGGUUUCGCCCGCGCAGGUUCGAAUCCUGCUGUCGACGUUUUCAUCUUUUGGUUUAUUUUUUUUUUCGCCAUUGUUUAUAUCUUUGAAUGUAUAAGAGGUUAGGGUAUUAGGAUCUCUAAAUCCAGUGGUUUUGGCGCUGAAUGAGUGUGAGGGGAUUAGAAUGGAAGAACAAUUGGGGAACGGCAUGAUGUCGAGGUCGAAAACGACGCAGGAGUUGGCGAUGGAAGGGCAGCAGUACUUGGAAGAAACCAUAGAGUUCGCUUUCCAGAUCCUCUCUUCCAUGAACGACGAGCUCUGCAACCCUGUUUUGUGGUCCACCUCUCCCUCCGCCACUUCUACCUCCCCCAAUGCCCCCUCCGCCACCACUGACUCCGCUUCAGACAACUCAAAUAUUCACUCUGACGGCGCCACAGCUUCUGCCGGCGCUGGAGGCGCCCUCGAAGAGGCUCGCCUGCGGUACAAGAACGCUGUCGCCGCGCUUCGGACCAUUCUCACUGCCAUUCCUAACUCCCAGAAGUCAAAAUCAUUUGAUACCGGCUCAGCUGCUAGCCCUGCAGAUGAAGCUGAAAUUGACAAGUUGGAGGAGCGAGCCUCAUCUCUAAGAAAGGAGCUUGCCAACAAGAACUUACUCCUGAAGACACUAAUAGAUCAACUGCGUGAUCUUAUCUCUGAUAUAUCAACGUGGCAAAGUCCGUUAUCAACCUAAAGUUGUGGAGUGGUUCCGAAUAUGGAAACUUGAUUCUGAGUACAGUAAAUGACAAUAAGGCUAGGUGUAUCUUUAAUGAUGAUAGUUUGUAUUUUGUAGAUUUUUUGCUUAUAAAUUUUGUAAAAGAAAGCGUAACUAACUACUUUCUUUUGAACUCUAGAAAAGAAUUCCUGUAUUUUGUCUAUGAUGAAACUUGUUUGUCUCAUCAUUUUUUUCAAUUUAUAUCUCGUUAUUUAGGUGAAUACAA